CAAAGACAACUACAAUCGUCGAUACUGACGUCUAAUUCGCGUAAGCCCAUGAAGCUUGGUCGGUUUGCAAAGCGCCGGGAUAGUUGCUUGUGACAAAAAGCCAAGUCAGCUCUACGACCUGAUCGUCGACUCUCGCAACUCGAUCCAUCCACCCACGCGAAUAAGAAAGGGAAAGAAAAUAAGAUGUCGUACUUUCGCAUAACACUUCACCGGUCUGCCAUCGGUCUACCGGAACGCACGCGCGGCGUGUUAGCAGCGCUCGGCCUGCGCAAACGCUCGCAAACCGUGUUCCAGCCAGUAUCCUCGCAGUCGGCGGGUAUGAUCCUUAAGGUCAAAGAGCUAGUCAAGGUGUCCGAGGUCGACCGCGCGCUUACACCUAAGGAGCUGCGCGACGAGCGAAAACCGGAACCCGGUUUCUGGAUCGAGAAGGCUGUGCCGCGGUGAUAUUUUGGCUUGGUGCGAGGAGCGGCGAAUAUGCUUAAGAUAAGGGAAGAACAGAACAGGGUGGCAGAGAGGAAGUUGGUAUACUAGAAAGUGCGAGGAUACGGGUGCCUUUCUAGUAACUUCAGAAUCGUUACCGGUAAGAGGCAACGGUUCGAGGCAUAUUGCUAGGAGAUUCGCGGACUUGCAUUACCUACGAACUCAGAGCUAUUCCCGUUAGUCAUCUGUGGUCAAAUAGAAAGGCUUAUGAGCAUUCAGCUUAAUACGAGAGGUCGCUUAGAGCUUAUGCUAUGUACAUAUAAUGUACAAUCAAUACAGUAAAACAUUUACAUUAUA